GGCGGUAGGUGUGUUCUUUUUUAGAAUCAUUUUGCCGAGUACACUGGAAUUACAGACACUAAAUAUAUUUUAUUAUAUAUGUUACAGUUCAAGUUGAUUAUCCAGUUGGAGUUGACUCCAACUAGUUGGAGUCAACUCUAACGGCUGGUUUCAGUAAAAGUUGAUUAUAAAUAUAAGAUGAAGAUUUAUAUUCAACAUUUACUAGUAAAAGUAGACUCCAACUAGGAAAAGUAUACUCUUCCCAAUGCCAUUUAGUAAAAGUUGAUUCUGAUUCACACAAACAGCCGAUUCUAGAAAUUAAAUGUUACUGAAUAUGUUCAAAUUAGUCUAUGCUGCAUCGUGCGUCGCCCCCGUUAGGUAAAUUACUCCGAUUCGAAUUUUUUGCACAAACUUACUCAAAAAGAGGCCCUUAUAAUAAAUCUACUGGGUGCCAGACAGUACCUUGAUCGAUAAAUUGUUUAAACAAUUUUUUUAGACAAAUUCACAAAAAUAAUUUUUUCACUUCGAACAAUUUUUUUUAGAUCAUUUGGGUUAUUCUGAACAAAAAAAGGUAUUUUGUGAUUUUUCUCUAAAAUUGAUUGUUGUCGAGUUAUACGCGAUUUAAAAUUUGAAAAAUGCGAAAAUAGCUAUUUUCAAGGCUUAAUAACUCGGUUAAAAUCCAUUACAUAUUAUGAAAGUCAGAAAGUGACCAAAUCAAAGUUUAUAGCUCCCUCUACAAGAUCCAGCAGAAAUUUGUCACUAUUUUAUUACUAAGCUUUAUCUUUAAUUAUUAACAAUGAGCGCUAAGUGCGUAUUAGGCGGCCGUCAAUGGUGAGUGCUAAAGAGAUGGUACCGCGUGAGACCCUGUGUAUUUGUUAUAAGGAUUGUUAUACGGAGCAGAUUUUUGUUUUUUUUUUUUUUAAUUCAGUUAGUACUAAGGAAUGUAUUACCUCAAUUUUAAAUUAGAACUCACAUUAAACUUUUUAAUAUCUGCAUUUUUCAUUAUACCAAUUAAAACUAAAUAUUAAUCUCUUUGUUAAAAAAUUUUUUCGGUUGACAGAUGAAAAAUCCACUUAACUUCCUUUGCCAUCUUGUCAUUCAUAUCUGGCACCAAACUGUCUAAUCAGUUGGUUCGUAACCUCUCACCUGAACACAGGUACUUACCUUGUGCAAUUUUCGAGCAAGGAUGAAAUACAUUCACAGGUGAUCUUUAAAUCUUAAGACAUCGACUUAAUUCGACCACUUUUCAUUAUAGAAUGUAACAAUAAUGUAUUUUUGAGGUUUUUAUACCUAUUGAGGUGUCUAGUUUCAAUUACUUGUACAAUGGACGUAAGUAACCACAUUUUCUUAAAAAAUUUUUCAACUGUCAAAAUUUCACCCUUUUGCUUUUAAUCUUAGUGGUUUACUUAUUUCCAGGUUUACACUGAUGAUGGUCAGUUUAAUCGAACACGUUUUGUACUUCCACUCCUUCGUGGAUAAAUUUUAAGGAUUUUUUAAUAAAUUCAUAUAUGCCUACAUACAACAGAAGUGUUUACUUCAUUCCACGUUGUUAUACGGAUGUAUUUCUUUGAGUAAGUUUGUGCAAAAAAUCGAAUCUGAAUAAUUUACCUAACGAAGGCGACGUUACAGACUAUACUAAUAAGUAGUUGAAACGGUCAAAACAAAGAAACGCACACUCAUCAAAAAUGCACUUGAGAUUCUCGGAUAAUCAACAUUUACUGAAUCGAUCCAGGAAGAGUCAACUCCAACUAGUAAAAGUUGAUUUAAAUUUUUAAAAUCAACUUUUACUGCUCGUUUCAGUUGGAGUCAACUCUAACUGAGAAUCAACUUGAACUGUAACAUAUACAUACUACAUACGCGUAAAAAUAAUAAUAUUUGAAGAUUUCUAUUAAUUUUAACUUUAAGAAAUACACAAUAUAUUUCAUUUAAUUUGUAUAAAUGGAUUACUUAUAAAGCGUUUUUAUGGAGCACAUUUGUUCGGAACACACUGUAACUAUAAUCGAACGAAGGGGACAUUUUGGCAUAAAUUGGUAACAUUUAUUUGACAGUUGCGGUGUUGACACUUCAGAUUUGUUUUUAUUCUUUUUUAUAAAUAUUUGUUUUAUUAUAUUUUUUGUUUUUAUUAUUUAUUAUUUAUUAUAUAUAACGUACGAUUAUAACUUAAUUCUUGUUUUCUAUUUUUAAUGUUUUUAUUUAUUUACAUUGAAUAUUAAUUUGCUUUGUUGUAUAAUCCACUUCGCAAAAAUUGUGUAAUAUAUUUGAUUUAAAAUGAAUUCAACAAUAUAUCACAGAAGACGAGAUGAUUAUCAGAGAUGUAAAUUUUACAGGUUAAUUUAUAAACGUCAGUGUAAAAUAUGUAUAAAAUUUAAAAUAUGUAUGAAAUAAAUGGUAAUAGUGUGUUUAGUACUACGUUUAUUAGGUACGUCAAGAAGUCUGUAAUACUACCUAUAUCAAGAUAUUAAAUAUUACAUACAAAAUAGAUCAAAGUUGGUUUGUCAGUAAAAAUGUAUUUUUAGGUAUUAUCAGUAUUUAUACACGUUGUAGGACCGAAGUCACCCCCAGACUUAAGAGAUCCGUCAUUUCGAUCAUUAUUUGCUGAUUGCCCAAUGAUUUUUAAGUGAUUAAAAUUAAUUACCUACAACAAAAGCUGAAUUUUUACAUUGACAGUGUUUGAAGAAAAAUAUAUUAUGUUUUAUAAAUAUAUUAUACAUAAAUUCGGCUUUGAUGCAAUACAGUUGAAAUUAUAGAUUAGAAAUAUUUAAUGAAAUAAUGCCAAUAAGUCGUUUAGAUGUAGUGUAUAGAAAACUGCUGUUAUCUAAAUUUUUCACAAAAGGAUGGGGGUCAGCUGAUAAUUUACAAAGAUUAUUCAAAUUUCGAAAAAUAAUAUCCAACAGAGACCAUUCUUAUAGACUAGUGCCAAACACUUAUCCAAUUAAAAUAAUAAAUAUCGUGGAAAAAGCUGACUGUAGAAUAAUAGAGGGCAAAUUCCGAAGCCCUUUUGCUACUUUCCUGCCUGGUCUAGUACCUGAAGUAGUACAAGAUUGCUAUUUUCAAAUGCUGCUUCCUCUGAAGUGGAAAAGUGACUACAAACCAAUGUGCAUUCAUCUAGCAGGGACUGGUGAUCACUAUUUUUGGCGCAGAAGAAAUCUUAUGGCUAAACCUUUGUUGAAAGAGGGUAUUGGAGGUAUUAUAUUAGAAAAUCCCUUUUAUGGUGUUAGGAAACCAAAAAAUCAAAUACGAUCUAGUCUUCACUAUGUAUCUGAUAUUUUUGUUAUGGGUGGCUGUCUUAUAUUUGAGUGUAUGGUUCUUCUAAACUGGUGCGAAAAGUAUGGUUUUGGUCCUUUAGGAAUUACUGGAAUUUCUAUGGGAGGUCACAUGGCUUCUUUAGCAGCAUCAAAUUGGCCCAGACCUUUAGUGUUAGUUCCUUGCUUGUCAUGGUCCACUGCAUCUUCAGUAUUUACAGAGGGAGUAAUGAGUGAGUCGGUAGAUUGGGCAAUGCUACAAACCCAAUAUAAAUCAAAUAGCUUUUUGUGCAAUGAGCUGUCUAAGCAAUGUCAAAUCAUUGAUAACCCCUUUUUGUGUGACCUUAUUCAAAUUUUGCAAGGUAAUAGAUCGAUGAGACAAGAAAUAGAAGCACACAUGUCCAAUAUAACACCCCACCGCCUGAUCAAUGUUUUAAACAACUACUGUGAUGUAAAACACAAUAUGUCCCAAAUAAAACAAUCAUCGCCUGCGAAUGGAAUGGUUUCUUUUAAUACUGGUAAUCAACCUCAACGUCCCAAGAUUACCAAAAAAAUAAUGGAAGUAAAAAUGAAAAACAAAGAGGCCUUGUGGUUCAUGAGAGGCAUGAUGGAUGAAUGUACUCAUUUGAAAAACUUUGCUGUCCCUUACGAUACGUCCUUAGUGAUUUCUAUUUGUGCCGCAACGGAUGGAUAUGUUCCCAGGAAUGGAGUAUCAAAGCUGGAAGAUAUCUGGCCUGGAUGCACUGUUAAAUAUGUUAAUUGUGGACAUGUUAGUGCUUACGUAUUUCAUCAAAAGCUUUUCAGAAAUACCAUUAUGGCAGCUUUUGAACGUGCCAAACAAAAGUUGGCACCACCUCCACUAGGCGAUCUCAAAAUAUAAAAUACUUUUAUUUAUAACUAAGUAUUAGAUACUUUACCAACUUUAGAAAAUAAAUUAUACCUACGCAAAUAUUGUUAAAUUAAUGUCUGUAAUAAAUAAGAUAAAAGACA